AGUUUCGUCCUCUCGUUCGUCCUCAGUGUAGGAUAACGACACAGUAGUUAAACGUUCAUCUGUCACGAAAGCACUGCCAAUACUGUUAAACACCUUGGAAGUAAUAUUUUUGGAAACAACAUCACACGUUGUUAACUGACACUGCACAGAAGAAAGAUUAGGGGAAUUUGAAGGUUUGGAUAAUUAGCCAUGGAUGCAAUCAUUCGUUGUCCAUUCCUGUCCCGUGUCCCCCAAACAUUCCUGCAGAAGGCAGGAAAGUCCUUGGUGAGCUAUGCUGUGAGAUGUCCUGUCAUGAUGGACCUCGCAUCAAGGCCACUGGUUCGUGCUUUCUGCUCCUCUUCCCCCAGCUUCCAGAAGACUGAGGAUAUAAUUGGCACCAGUGAUGAACCAAAGGAGUUGCCCAAAAUGCCGGCUGGCCACCCUAAGGUUCCACCAGGCCAAGUGUCAGCCUCCAAAUGUCCCUUCCUUGCUGGGGAGAUGGCUCAGAAGAACAGUGGUGUGGUGAGGCAGGCCAGCUUGGAGCUCCAGGAAGAUGUUUCGGAGAUCCGCAAGCUGCGCAAAGAUGUGCGUGCAGCUGAGAUUGAUCCCUUAGUGAAAAACGCAGAGGAUCGUGCUACCCUGAUGAAAACGCUGAUGAAACAGCGUCCCACCAUGGUCUCUCAUUUGCUACAGGAGAAUAUGCCUAAAACUGUCUCAAACUUCUGUUAUGAUGACUUCUUUGAGAAGAAAAUUGAAGCGAAGAAGAGUGACCACACGUACCGCGUGUUUAAGACCGUGAACCGUCGUGCAACCGAAUUCCCAAUGGCAGACGAUUACUCUGAGUCUCUGAGUCACAGGCGAGAUGUUUCUGUCUGGUGUAGCAACGAUUAUCUCGGCAUGAGUCGGCACCCACGGGUUGUCCAGUCUGUGAUGGAUACUUUACGAAGGCAUGGCUCUGGUGCCGGAGGUACUCGAAACAUAUCAGGCACCAGUAAGUUCCAUGUGGAUCUGGAACAUGAGCUGGCAGACCUUCACGGGAAGGAUGCAGCUUUGCUUUUCACCUCCUGCUUUGUGGCCAAUGAUUCAACACUCUUUACAUUGGCCAAGAUGCUGCCAGGGUGUGAGAUUUACUCAGAUGCAGGUAAUCAUGCCUCAAUGAUACAAGGUAUUAGGAAUAGUGGUGCCAAGAAGUUCAUCUUCCGACACAACGAUGUUAACCACUUGCGUAAACUCCUGGAGAAGUCCGAUCCUUCCACUCCAAAGAUUGUUGCCUUUGAGACUGUGCAUUCAAUGGAUGGUGCAGUGUGUCCACUUGAGGAAAUGUGUGACGUUGCCCAUGAGUUUGGGGCAAUCACCUUUGUGGACGAGGUUCACGCUGUGGGUUUAUAUGGUUCCAGAGGAGGCGGGAUAGGAGAUAGAGAUGGCAUCAUGCACAAGAUGGACAUCAUCUCUGGCACACUUGGGAAGGCUUUUGGCUGUGUAGGUGGCUACGUUGCCAGUACCAGCACCCUGGUGGACACGGUGCGCUCCUACGCUGCAGGCUUCAUUUUCACCACGUCGUUGCCCCCCAUGCUGCUGGCGGGCGCUCGCGAGUCCAUACAGAUCCUGAAGAGUGAGGAGGGCCGCAUGCUCCGCCGCAAACACCAGCGCAACGUGAAACUCAUGCGGCAGAUGCUGAUGGACUCUGGUCUGCCCGUCGUGCACUGUCCCAGCCACAUCAUCCCCAUCAGGGUAGCGGAUGCCGAAAAGAACACCGAGGUCUGUGACAUCAUGAUGAACCGUUACAACAUCUAUGUCCAGGCUAUUAAUUACCCCACCGUGGCACGGGGGGAGGAACUGCUUCGAAUUGCCCCUACACCACACCACACCCCGCAGAUGAUGAAAUAUUUUGUUGACAAGCUCCUGCAAACGUGGAAGGAGGUGGGCCUGAAGGUGAAACCUCGUUCCUCAGCCGAGUGCAGCAUCUGCCAGCAGCCACUGCACUUUGAGGUGAUGAGCGAGAGGGAGAGGUCUUACUUCAGUGGCCUCAGCAGUCUCGUGUCAGCCUGCGCCUGACCUCUGCACUCUCAGCGCCUCUUAGUCCAGUAAAUGCCUGACAUGUGGCUCUUUUUCUAUAAAGGCAAUAAGUAAAUGAGAUAUAUAUAUAUAUAUAUAUAUAUAU